AUGUCGGCCGUGCUGUUUGUGAGAGGCUCGCUGGGCAGACUUCCGCCCGCCGUGGCUCGGCAGGUCCUCGGCUGCAGCUACCACACCGAGAGGGGAGUUUACGGGUACCGACCCAGGAGUGCCGACCGGGACCAGACGGAGCAGAGCGAGCGGAUCCGGGCUCUGAACCAAGAUCACGGGCUGGCCCGUCUGGUGGAGGCGUACAGAGCACAUGGACACAAAGCUGCUAAAAUUAACCCCCUGCUGCCCCAGACGCCGGUAGUGGACUCAGUCCCAGAGAUCACCAGCCUGGACGGCUCAAUAACGGGACAGCUCAACACUGCAGGUCUUCGGCACUUCGGGAAGGCCCAGGCCUCGGUGGAGGAGGUUCAGGCCUACCUGGAGGAGGUCUACUGCGGCAGCCUCUCGGUGGAGACCGCUCAGCUCAGCAGCCUGGAGGAGCAGCACUGGUUCGCCGACCGAUUUGAGGAGCUGAAGAAGAAGAACUUCUCUCCUGAUGAGAAGAAGAAGCUCGCCAAGAUCAUGCUGGAGUCGCAGGAGUUUGACCACUUCCUGGCGACUAAGUUUGCCACUGUGAAGCGCUACGGAGGAGAAGGGGCCGAGAGCAUGAUGGGUUUUUUCAACGAGCUCUUCCACCAGCUGGCCCACAGCGGCGUCACGGACGUGGUCAUCGGCAUGCCUCACAGAGGUCGGCUCAACCUGCUGACAGGCCUGCUGAAGUUCCCACCCGAGCUGAUGUUCCGUAAGAUGCGUGGCCUCAGCGAGUUUCCCGACACCUCGCCGUCCAUCGGCGACGUCCUGUCUCACCUCACCUCCUCGGUGGAGCUGGACUUCGGCGCAAAGCGUCCUCUUCACGUCACCAUGCUGCCCAACCCGUCUCACCUGGAGGCCAUCAACCCCGUGGCUCAGGGCAAAGCCCGGGCCAGGCAGCAGCUCCGGAAGGAAGGAGACUACUCCAGUGAAGACGGCGCCCAGCCCGGGGACCAAGUCGUCUGUCUGCAGAUUCACGGUGACGGCUCCUUCACCGGCCAGGGGAUCGUUCCAGAAACCCUGACCCUCUCAAACCUUCCUCACUUCAGAGUCGGAGGGAGCAUCCACCUGAUCGUGAACAACCAAGUGGGCUACACCACUCCGUCGGAGAGGGGCCGGUCCUCCCUGUACUGCAGCGACGUCGGGAAGAUGGUGAACUGCGCGGUGAUCCACGUGAACGGCGACGACGCGGAGGAGGUGCUGCGAGCCACGCGGCUGGCCGUGGAUUACCAGCGGCGCUUCAGGAAGGACGUCAUCCUGGACCUGAUCUGCUACCGGCAGUGGGGCCACAACGAGCUGGACGAGCCCUUCUUCACCAACCCGGCCAUGUACAGGAUCAUCCGAUCCCGUAAGAGCGUCCCGGACUCGUACUCGGAGCAGCUCAUAGCCGAGGGUCUGAUGACGGAGGGCGAGCGAGACGAGAUCAAGUCCGGAUACUACGCCAUGCUCAACGACAAGCUGUCCAACAUGACGCUGUACAGCCCCCCGCCCACCAACCUGCAGGGCCGCUGGGGCGACCUGGUGGAGCCGCAGCCCAGGGUCACCAGGUGGGACACCGGGGUCCCCGUCCCUCUGCUGCAGUUCGUCGGAGCCAAAUCCGUGGACAUCCCCGAGCAGAUCCAGCUGCACAGCCACCUGGGAAAGACCCACGUGCAGGCUCGGCUCAGCAAGCUGGAAGAUGGAACGAAGCUGGACUGGUCGACGGCAGAAGCUCUGGCGUUCGGCUCUCUGCUCAGCCAAGGCUUCAGCAUCCGAAUCAGCGGGCAAGAUGUCGGCAGAGGCACGUUCAGUCAGCGGCACGCCAUGGUGGUGUGUCAAGACACCAGCGAGAUGCACAUCCCCCUGAACCACAUCAGCCCGGAGCAGACGGGCUUCCUGGAGGUGUGUAACAGCCCGCUGUCCGAGGAGGCCGUGCUGGGGUUCGAGUACGGCAUGAGCAUCGCGCAGCCCAAACUGCUCCCGGUGUGGGAGGCUCAGUUCGGAGAUUUCUUCAACGGAGCGCAGAUCAUCUUCGACACCUUCCUCUCUGGAGGUGAGGCCAAGUGGCUGCUGCAGUGCGGCUUGGUCAUCCUGCUGCCUCACGGCUACGACGGCGCCGGACCGGAACACUCGUCCUGCCGCAUGGAGCGCUUCCUCCAGAUGUGCGACAGUAAGGAGGAGGGGGUGGACGGCGACACGGUGAACAUGGCGGUGGUCAAUCCCACCACGCCGGCGCAGUACUUCCACCUGCUGCGGCGGCAGAUGAUCCGGAACUUCCGCAAGCCGCUCAUCGUGGUCGGACCCAAGACGCUGCUGAGAUUCUCCGGAGCCGUGUCCAGUCUGGCUGAACUGGCUCCAGGAACCUCGUUCAGACCCGUGCUGGGUGAUGAAUCCGUCUCAGGAGAAAGUGUCCAGAAGGUGGUGCUGUGCUCUGGGAAGCAUUACUACGCUCUGCUGAAGCAGAGGGAGGCGGCGGCGGCCACCCAGAGCGCCGCGCUCAUCCGGGUGGAGGAGCUGUGUCCGUUCCCUCUGGAGGCUCUGCAGCAGGAGCUGGGGAAAUACCCCAAUGCCCAGGAGUUCAUCUGGAGUCAGGAGGAGCCUCAGAACAUGGGCCCCUGGUCUUUUGUGGCCCCCAGGUUUGAGAAGCAGCUGGCCUGCAAGCUCCGGUUAGUGAGCCGACCCGCGCUGCCCGCCCCCGCCGUCGGCAUCGGGACCCUCCACCACCAGCAGCAGGAGGCCAUCCUCAACGCCACCUUCUCCUAACGGGAGCGGCCCCGCGCCCCGGUGUCCUGCACUACACCCCCCACCUGCUGA